AUCUUUAUAACAUAUUUAUCCUCCGCUGAGUAAAAUACCAUCUUGAUCUGUAGUCAGAUAAUACAAGUAACGUGAUCUAAUAUUAGCAUACCUAAUCAUAAUCUUCUUAAGUGGGUUAAGAAGAGGUUUAAGGUUUCUGCUAUAAUAACUGGCUUGCUUCUCAUCAUUACUGUGCUAAUAUCUCCCCAAAACCUAAUGUAAUACAUACUAUGAACAGUUGGUGGCGAUAAUGCCUCUGAUGAGCUGUUUCUACUCAACGACCAAUAAAAAGAGGAAGAAGGGGCUGAGGUUAACGGUUUGUUGAACUACAGGUUGGACUGAUUUGACUACACGUUUACGUCAUCACUGUGCGCGAUAAGCGACAAGGUCCCCAAACUAAGCAAUGCACGUGAGGGCGUCUGUCAAAGGUUUGAGCAAACGUAACUUACUCUCUGUCUCCUCUUCGGCGCUAUCGAUCGUUAAUAGAGAUGUAAUCAAUCAAAUAGAGCGUCGCUGUGUUUCGUUUCGCAAGGCGUAUUGUCCUUUCAAUCGCCAUUUCUAUUCUCCGCAGUUUAAAACCAGCAGCUCGACGAUGGCGCAGGCAGAAUGCGACAGCACGACACCGGCCGAGGUCAACACCCCGGUGCCCGAUGAGAAGACGACUACCAAAGAAGCUGCAGAAAGUGUCAAAAGAAAGAGUGACGGGGCGGUCGAAGAGGAGACAAGCGGCCAUAGCAAGAGGCGGAGAGGAGCGGGAGGGAAGAAGCCCCGUCCGGGCGAGAGGUACAUCCCCCCUCCGCAGAAGCGGAACCCGGGCGUCAGCUUCAGCCAGGAGCAUUUCGACGAGACCUCCUACUACUUUGAAGGCGGCCUACGCAAAGUGCACCCGUACUACUUUGACUUCAAAACGUACUGCAAAGGCCGGUGGAUCGGGAAGAGCCUCAUGGAGGUGUUCGAGAGCGAGUUCAGAACUGAGUCCAUCGAGUAUUACCAGAUGGCUGUCAAAGAGGGUCGCAUCCGGCUGAACGAGAAGCCUGUGGAAGACCUGUCAUUGGUGCUCCGGAACAACGACCACAUGAAGAACACGGUGCAUCGCCACGAGCCCCCCGUGGUCGGCAGGCCCCUGGAGGUUCUGGUGGACGACGGUGAAGUGCUCGUGGUCAACAAGCCCGCCUCCAUCCCCGUCCACCCAUGCGGCCGUUUCCGCCACAACACGGUGAUUUUCAUCUUGGGAAAAGAGCGAGGCGUCUCUGAGCUGCACACAGUCCACAGACUGGACCGGCUCACCUCGGGCGUGCUGCUGUUCGCCAGGACGCUGGAGACAUCCCAGAAACUAGACAAGCUGGUGAGAGACAGACAGCUUGAAAAGGAGUAUGUGUGCAGAGUAGAGGGCGACUUUCCAGAAGGGGAGAUGACCUGCGAGUUGCCCAUCCUGGUCGUUUCCUUUAAAAUUGGCCUGUGCCGCGUUGAUCCAAAGGGAAAGGAGUCCAGAACCGUCUUCCAGAAGAUGAGCUUCAAUGGAAAAACCAGCGUGGUGCGCUGUUUACCACUGACUGGCCGCACACACCAGAUUAGGGUCCACCUCCAGUACCUGGGCUUCCCCAUCCUCAAUGAUCCUAUCUACGGGUCCUCGGCCUGGGGCCCAAACAGAGGGAAGGGAGGAUUGCCGGAAAAGAGUACCAAGGAGCUGCUGGAGGCCCUGGUAGAGGAACAUCGCUCACAGGAAAGUCUACACCUGCUGGAUAUUCCGGAUGACGGGAUCGAACGCGGGGCGGGGAAAAACACAGCAUCUGAGAAAAUACACGUGUCGGAUGGCCCUUCUGAGCCCAACAGAAGUGGAGAGCGUCAUCCAAUUGAAACACGAGUGCAGACAUGCGGCAGCAAGACAGUGGAGGAGGUGGGUCAGGGCUGCAUGGACCCAGACGGUAACGGCACUUCCUCACUCAAAACUCAACCAAACGCCAAUGAAAAUCAAACCGAGCCAACUGAGGAAAGUCCUGCAGAGAUUAGAGACCACCUGUGCAGCGACUGUAAGCUGGUCCGACCAGAUCCCACAGAGAAAGAGCUCAUCAUGUAUCUCCACGCCUUACGCUACAAGGGACCUGAUUUUGAAUAUUCCACACCGUUACCCGAUUGGGCCGAAGAGGACUGGGUCGAGACUGGUGAGCGCUGACCUGAUGCAAAGGAAUAGAAACUGUAUCUGUAUUCAUUCUCACUUUAAAAUGAUUUGGUUGUCUUUAGAUUGUUUUCAUCCAUGUAGCCUGUAAACUGCCCGGUACUCAAAACAAGUGGGAAAAAAAAGUAAAAUAAAUUACUUUUUGUUUUAAAAUACUUUUAUUUGAGCUCUGUGACACAACAUUGACACCUGUAAAUUAUACUGGUGGGCACUUUUUUUAAGGUGGAGUCAGCAAUUCUGAAGACUGAUUGAUAGUUGAAAUGAACACCAAAAACUACAUUUCCUUUGAAACAUUAUAGUGCUCAAUUAAACAAAGUGGAUUAGAGUCACUGACUCCACCUUUUUAAAAGCCCCAGUGUGUAGCAUUUAAUGGGAUCUAAUGGCAAGAAUUAGCCACCUGAAAAAAAUGAAUGUUACCUUUUUGAAGGAGUGGAUUAUAAAUACAUAAGUAGGUUGUCUUCGUGGUUGAAUAUGGCAUUUCCUGCUGUAGUGCCUACAAGCCCGGCACACAAGGGAAGUUUUAGUUUGUUGCAACCUUCACCACUAGGUGCCACCAAAUCCUACACACUCAACCUUACAUUUUGUCUGUAAGUUGAAAGCCCGAGAGAUUUAAUCCAUCUCUGAGACGGGUUGAUUUCUUCCAAAUGAUUUUAAAUGAAUGCUGGAUGUAUAACUGUGAUUAUACAGUUAAGAUGUCAAAGGAAAACACUUCUUACAUAGAAACAGCUUGGAAAUAAGCACAUCAGACAAAAGUCUCGUCUUGGCCAGGCUUUGGUGCCUUUUUUUUUUAAAGGACACACCCUUUGAACAUAACAGUUUCAGUAGUUUGAGCAUAUGAAAGACAUUUGAAACACGCUGUUCAAGUCAUAAAUAAAUGUCAUUUGCGCAUUAAAAGAAAAGCUGAUGUGACGACUCUGCUGUGCAGUGGGACGUACACAUCUUAGAUUAAACCACAUAUAGUGUAAUAUCUAUAUUAAAAACCCCUUUUUGCCUCUGUAUAGUGAGUGAACAUUAAAUGUAUUUGGCACUUGAACCAACCCUUACGACUCUUAAUUUGACAAUGAAACACUAAAUGCAAACAAGCCAACACUGCAAAUGACACUGGUCACACGGGACAUACUGUACACACGAUCGCAACAAGUGCAAAACCAACUGACUUUAGUUAAGUGAUCCUCUAGAGCUCUUUCUCCCCUUGUUCAUCCCACAUUUAUGGAAUACUAUUAUGUCCAUGAAUGUAUACAGCUCCUUGAGUUCCAGCACUGGAUUUUGCCAGGCACAAAGUACACUCUGCAGGUACAGUUCUUGGUUAUAUAUAGAUAUUGUAUGCUAAGGAAGCUUUGUCUCACUGUCAUUUGUUUGAAAAUAUGGUUUUCUGCAAAUCAUGCUUUGAUAAGACCUUUUGCUGCGGCAGCAACAUUAGACAAACAUGCUGUCACACGUUACAUUUGGGUGGCUUAUCUUUCCUUUAUCUUUUCUUCAAAAGUAACAAG